AUGUACGCACUUGAACAAAUAGUGAACAAACGAGUCACUGGUGGAUCCUUCCACGUUUGCCUCGACGGCGAUUUCAGCGUCCAGGCUGAGCAGCAAGGCAAAUCUAGCGCGACACAACGCAAAGAGCGUGCUGCGAUGGCGCGAGAUUCAGCAGACACCUGGCGAGCUAACCCUGGGGGUGACCUUGCAUUGAUUACUCCUCGUUGCCACUCCGGUUCAGGCGCCUCGUCUGCCACUCAAGUAAACAAAGGACUCGAGGGGAGCGACCACUCCGAGACACCCACUCCGGGUUCGCAGGUUGCUUACCCGUCGGCGGCUUUGCUUGGCUCCAUUUCCCUCGAAAUCGCUCAACAGAUUCACGAUGAAUUUCUCAUCUGUAAGAUCUGCCUAGACUCAUUUGACAAGCCUAAAUCCCUGGCUUGCCUCCACACAUUUUGCCAGAAAUGCAUUGAAAGCCACAUAUCCUCGGAGGUCACCUACAAUAAAAUGGCUGAUUACCAUCACUUCACGUGCCCACUGUGUCGAAAGCGCACAAAUCUUCCAAUUGGAGGUGUUCGGAAGUUGCCGGACAAUUUUUUUGUUUCCGGUCUUGCUGAAAUGCUCUCGCAAACAAAGAAACACCCUCGUUUGACUGAGCUUGACGUUGCCACUGGCAAUGAACAGGAAACGAGCGAAGAUGACUCGGUGUGUGGCCCUCUGGGAGGACACUAUCAACGCAAAUUGGGGCAUGUUGAGGUAUCAGGCUAUGGUGAGUGUGAAAUCUGUGGCCAGUUUGGUAACAAAUUGGCUCGCGGUCGGUCCUCAACUCCGUCGAUCAAUCGCAAUACAUUGGGCGUAGAACCGCUUAACCAGAGAGCCAACUCAGCGGCCAUAUCACCCGUCCCCAAAGCCUCAUCCAAGUGUCUUGACUGCAACAAAUUGCUGUGUGACCAAUGUGUCAAGCGACACAAAGAGAUAAGGGUGACUAAGGAUCACGCCAUUUUUAAUUUGGCGGCUGAGAGUGCGAUUGCGUGCAAAGAACACCCAGAGGAGCCCGUCAGGUUCUACUGUGAAGCCUGCUCUGCUUGUGUCUGCGUGCUGUGCACCUUCAAUAACCACCGUGAACACGAGAUGAAGAGCUUUGGUGAGGCGAUUCAGAAGCUUCGAGCGGAGUUGCGGCGAAAAGUAAACGAAACUCAAAGUUUAAUACAGAGAACACGUCAGCGUUUAGCGGUUAUCGAUGACGCAGCCGAAAUGGUCCACAAGAUUGAAAGGGACGUCCGAGAGUGCGCCGACAAGGCCAUUGACGAGAUUCACCGUCAGGAGGACAGGCUGGUGGAGCAGUUGCACAGCCGAGUGGGCCAGCCAACGCUGCGGACGAUCGAGCGGGCGCCGGAGUGGGAGUGCCAGCUGGCGCGUCUCGAGUCAGUUCAUGCGGAGGUCGUGGAACUUCUCGAGGGCCAGGACCUCAACGUCCUUCUCUCCAAGAUCGACAUCAAAGAGAAGAUGAGCAAGUUGCUUCAAUUCGAGGUGACCGGCGUCCUGCCCUCUGCCACCUGCCCCAAGACCAUUUUUUCUCCCCACGCCAUUUGCUUGGGACAGCUCAUCUUCCCUGAGGACAAAGCAGCCGUGUUGCCUCCUAACCUGCCUCCCGCUCCCAGGUGGGCAAUAUGGAUGUAUGCCAAACAGCCAGGCCUUGUUGUCAUCUUUAAUGAAUGUUUUCCUUUAAAUCUCCACAGACUUUCGGCCUCAACACAGACAGACUCAAGGCUGUUUUUAGUUGACGCGAUCGACAGACCAACAACCAAGGAGACCGCAAGCGAAGCAAAUGUGUUGCCAUUGGUCAAGCAAAUGCGACAUCGGGCCAUCAACACAGAGCGGUUUCCAUAUGUUGAUCAAGAGACCAACACACGCCCACGAGGUGUCAACGUAUCAAUCACUUUCGGAGGUGAUGAACAGGCCGACAUUCUGGAUAGCUACCUCCACGCCAUCAAGGACCUCGAAGAGUCAGAGCAGGGUGGAGCGUUUGCUGCCAUGGACAAUCUGACGCGGGCGCGGCUGCGUAGGAAAUUGAAGGAGCGCUGGAGUACCAUCGACGCCCCUGAAAUGGACCCUACAGCUGGUGCUCUUUCUUAUGCCUUCCCCAAUUCACCCAACGUUCCCACGCCAACAAACCUCAAAGCAAAUUUCUUUCGACGUUUCAGUGAUAAUAAUGCCCCCUAG